GAAAGAGCCAGGAGGAGGCGAGAGAGGAAAAAAAAAGGGGGAGUAUGGCUGUGUGUAAUUGCUUCCAUCUGGAUGUGUGCAAACUUGCGAGCGCUCGAUGGCUCGUCUUCCUGCAGCUGUUUCUCUUGGGGUUGGGAUCGGUUCGGCCUCAGGGACCGUACAACGGCGAGAGGGGCAUCUCGAUCCCGGGUCACGGCUUCUGCCAACCCAUCUCGAUCCCUCUGUGCACGGACAUCGCCUACAACCAGACCAUCAUGCCCAACCUGCUGGGGCACACCAACCAGGAGGACGCCGGCCUGGAGGUGCAUCAGUUCUACCCUCUGGUGAAAGUGCAGUGCUCGCCCGAGCUGAAGUUUUUCCUGUGCUCCAUGUACGCCCCGGUGUGCACGGUGCUGGAGCAGGCCAUCCCCCCGUGCCGGUCCCUGUGUGAGCAGGCCAGGCAGGGCUGCGAGGCGCUCAUGAACAAAUUCGGCUUCCAGUGGCCCGAGAGCCUGCGCUGCGAGAACUUCCCGGUGCACGGGUCUAACGACCUGUGCGUGGGCCAGAACAUCACCGACAAAGGCAGCCCGACCCUGCACCCCCCCCAGUCCUCCCCCGAGACCGACACCCACUACCCCAACAACCACAACAACAACAGGUACCAGAGGAAGGAGCAGUUCGCCUGCCCGCAGGUCCUGAAGGUGCCCCCGUACCUCAACUACCACUUCCUGGGAGAGAAGCACUGCGGGGCGCCCUGCGAGCCCGUCCGCUCCAACGGGCUCAUGUACUUCUCUCAGGAGGAGCUGAGGUUCUCCAGGAUCUGGAUCGGGAUCUGGUCGGUGCUGUGCUGCGCCUCCACCCUGUUCACGGUGCUGACCUACCUGGUGGACAUGCAGCGGUUCAGCUACCCCGAGCGGCCCAUCAUCUUCCUGUCGGGCUGCUACACCAUGGUGGCCAUCGCUUACAUCGCGGGCUUCCUGCUGGAGGACAAGGUGGUCUGCAACGAGAAGUUCGCCGAAGACGGUUACCGGACGGUGGCCCAGGGCACCAAGAAGGAAGGCUGCACCAUCCUCUUCAUGAUGCUGUACUUCUUCAGCAUGGCCAGCUCCAUCUGGUGGGUCAUCCUGUCGCUGACCUGGUUCCUGGCGGCCGGGAUGAAGUGGGGUCACGAAGCCAUCGAGGCCAACUCGCAGUAUUUCCACCUGGCGGCCUGGGCCGUGCCGGCCAUCAAGACCAUCACCAUCCUGGCCGUGGGGCAGGUGGACGGAGAUGUCCUGAGCGGCGUGUGCUUCGUGGGGCUGAACAACGUGGACGCGCUGCGGGGCUUCGUGCUGGCCCCGCUCUUCGUGUACCUGUUCAUCGGCACCUCGUUCCUGCUGGCGGGCUUCGUGUCCCUGUUCCGCAUCAGGACCAUCAUGAAGCACGACGGCACCAAGACCGAGAAGCUGGAGAAGCUGAUGGUGCGGAUCGGGAUCUUCAGCGUCCUGUACACGGUGCCGGCCACCAUCGUGAUCGCCUGCUACUUUUACGAGCAAGCCUUCCGGGAACAGUGGGAGAAAAGCUGGAUCACCCAGACCUGCAAGACGUACGCCAUCCCCUGUCCCUACAGCCGCCACCCCCACAUGACACCCGACUUCACCGUCUACAUGAUCAAAUAUCUCAUGACACUCAUAGUGGGCAUCACCUCCGGCUUCUGGAUCUGGUCCGGUAAGACUCUGCACUCGUGGCGCAAGUUCUACACCCAACUCAGAAACACUAAUCACGGUGAGACCACAGUGUGAGAGACCCCCACAGAGACCCACCCUCACCCCAGCCAGUAAACCAGCCCCCACAGCACCCCCAGACUGCAGCCCAGCCCAGCCCAGCCCAGCCACACAGACUUUUAAGAUGUGACAAGACUAUAUUUGAGAUACUGUAUGUUGUACAUAGCGUCUGUAAGAUUUUUUUUUGUAAUUAUUAUAUAUAUUUGUAUUUAAAAAAAAAAUCACCUCCCGAAGGUGUUUCUGUUUCCCCAA